UAUGGAUUUAUAGUCUCAGUGACAAAUAAUAAAAACAAUAAAUUAAACCCCUUAUCUGAAACGUCCAUGUAAACAAAACAACUCUUUGGUUGUGUAUACAUUCUUGAAUCCUUAAAGGCAAAGCCUUUCGUGUUAAUCUUCAAACAUUAUGGCCGAUGGUGGUGCAGUUUUCGUUAUUGUUGUUGUUGUUGUGGUGAAGAUAGCAAUCAUUUUAUGUGUAUGCAAUAAACUGAAUCAACGAUCUAAGAUGCAAACGGAACCAUUCCCUAACGACUCCCGUUUUAUUCCGCUCGCCAUGGUUAAAUUCCUGGAUGACAUGGAAAGAGAAAAACCGAUCCGGUUCACCGCUCAACAGCUAAGAAUAGCCACAGAAAACUUCAGCAUCUUAUUGGGUUCAGGUGGGUUCGGGACAGUUUACAAGGGUCUUGUUAGCAACGGCAUAGCUGUAGCUGUAAAAGUACUAAACGGAACCUCCGACAAGAGAAUUGAAGAACAGUUCAUGGCGGAAGUAAGCACAAUGGGAAGAACCCAUCACUUUAAUCUCGUCAGGCUUUAUGGGUUUUGCUUCGAGUCAAGUUUAAGAGCUCUUGUAUACGAAUUUAUGGUCAACGGCUCCCUGGAUAAUCACUUGUUUAAAGCAAGCAAAGGACCGAUUAUAGGGUUUGAGCAGCUCUAUGAGAUUGGUCUGGGAACUGCAAGAGGCAUCGCUUACUUGCAUGAAGAAUGUCCUCAAAGAAUCGUUCAUUAUGAUAUCAAACCAGGAAACAUACUUUUGGAUUCAAAGUUCUGUGCAAAAGUGGCGGAUUUCGGUUUAGCUAAACUCUGCAACAGGGAUAACACUCAUAUAACCAUGACCGGAGGACGUGGUACUCCGGGAUACGCCGCCCCCGAACUCUGGCUACCUCUCCCGGUUUCACACAAAUGUGAUGUUUAUAGUUUCGGUAUGCUACUCUUUGAGAUCAUCGGAAGAAGGAGGAACAUGGACGUGAGACUUGCAGAUAGUCAACAAUGGUUUCCAAUAUGGGUGUGGGGGAAAUACGAAAAGAAAGAGUUGAAGGAUUUGAUGAUGGUUUGUGCGAUUGAGGAGAAGGAUCAUGAAGCUGUUGAGAGGAUGCUUAAGGUAGCACUUUGUUGCGUUCAGUAUAGACCGGACACUCGGCCGGUGAUGAGCAUCGUUGUGAAAAUGUUGGAAGGUGCAUUACCGGUGCCGGAGCCUUUAAAUCCGUUUUCGUAUCUGUUCUCUGGUGUUAAUGAAGUCGAUUAUUCUUUGGCUCGAUUGGCUUGGAAUGAUGGUGGUUCUGAUUGGUCUUCGUCUGAUGUUAACACCAAGUCUACUGUAGUUGCAGAUACACCUCUGAUGAGGAGACAUGAGAUCACAAUGGCAUCGGAGUAAUUAUACUGAACUAUGUAUAGAAGGACAGCCAAAUAUAUCUGGAAGAAAAUAAAUGUAACGUUAUCUUUUGUUUUGCUAUAUAUCAACAACUAAAUCUCUCAUCGUUUUAGAACCAAAUGUGCGCUUGUUUAAUUUGACGUCAAAGGUGUACCUGUUUUAUAUAUGAGCAAAAUAUAAAAAACUUAAAAAUGCA